ACUUCCUUCCUCGUAGAUUUGAAUAGAUGCGCUGUCGCCCUGCUCUCGGUGCCGACUCAAUACGCUGCCUGUCGAGCGUUGAGCAGCACAGCAGCCAGCGGCUGGGGAAGAGAAAGACGGACGGACAACGAGUAACCCUCCAGGCCCAGACAUCACCUGCCGCCUCGCUGCACCUCUCAGUUCCAGGUUCUACUGCUGAUUCAGGUUCCCAACAUGGCCGCCACGCCGAUCUCUCCGGAGGAGCUGGAGGAACUUAGAGAAGCUUUCGCCAAGAUUGAUGUGGACAACAACGGAUUUAUCAGCAAAGCCGAGCUCAAUGAGCUCUUCCGGGCCGCCAACUUGGCACUGCCGGGCUACAGAGUCCGGGAGAUCGUCCAGGAGCUGACCAAGACCAGCGACCAGCUCACCUUCGACGAGUUUGCUAACGUCGUCCACGGGCUGAAGAGCACCGAGGUGGCAAAGACCUUCAAGAAAGCGAUCAAUAAGAAGGAGGGACUCUGUAGCGUGGCAGGAACCUCGGAGCAGUUGGGCACUCAGCACUCCUACUCAGAGGAGGAGAAAGUGGCUUUUGUGAACUGGAUCAACAAAGCUCUGGAGAAGGACGCAGACUGCAAACACGUUCUGCCGAUGGACCCCAACACCAACGACCUGUUCACCGCCAUGGGAGACGGCAUCGUCCUCUGUAAAAUGAUCAACCUGUCUGUCCCCGACACCAUCGAUGAGAGGACCAUCAACAAGAAGAAGCUCACACCUUUCACCAUCCAGGAGAACCUGAAUCUGGCUCUGAACUCGGCGUCGGCCAUCGGUUGCCACGUGGUCAACAUCGGCGCCGAGGACCUGAAGGAGGGCCGACAGCACCUGGUGCUGGGUCUGCUGUGGCAGGUCAUCAAGAUCGGGCUGUUCGCCGACAUCGAGCUGAGCAGGAACGAAGCUCUGAUCGCUCUGCUGCGUGAUGGAGAGAGUCUGGAGGAUCUGAUGAAACUUUCCCCCGAGGAGCUGCUGCUGCGCUGGGCCAACUACCACCUGCAGGAGGCCGGCUGCGGCAAGAUCAACAACUUCAGCUCCGACAUCAAGGACUCCAAAGCGUACUACAACAUCCUGAACCAGGUGGCGCCCAAAGGAGACGAGGACGGAAUCCCCCCCAUCGCCAUCGACAUGUCGGGGAUCAGGGAGAAGGACGACCUGAAGCGAGCCGAGUGCAUGCUGGACCAGGCCGACCGGCUCGGCUGCAGGCAGUUCGUCAUGCCGGCCGACGUCGUCCGCGGCAACCCCAAGCUCAACGUGGCCUUCGUUGCCAAUCUGUUCAACAAGUACCCGGCCCUGAAGAAGCCCGAGAACCAGGACAUCGACUGGAGCUCCAUCGAAGGUGAAACCAGGGAGGAGAGAACCUUCAGGAACUGGAUGAACUCGCUGGGCGUCAACCCUCGUGUCAACCACCUCUACGCAGACAUCGACGACGCUCUGGUCAUCUUCCAGCUGUACGAGAAGAUCAAGGUGCCGGUGGACUGGGACCGAGUCAACAAGCCUCCGUAUCCCAAACUGGGCAGCAACAUGAAGAAGCUGGAGAACUGCAACUACGCGGUGGAGCUGGGCAAAGAGAAGGCCAAGUUCUCUCUGGUCGGCAUCGCAGGGCAGGACCUGAACGCCGGGAACCGAACCCUCACCCUCGCUCUGCUCUGGCAGCUCAUGAGGAGAUACACCCUGAACAUCCUGGAGGACCUCGGCGACGGCCAGAAGGUCAUCGACGACACCAUCGUGUGCUGGGUCAACGACACGCUCACGCAUGCUGGGAAACCCACCAUCUCCAGCUUCAAGGACGGCUCCAUCAGCAGCAGCAUGCCGGUUCUGGACCUGAUCGACGCCAUCCAGCCCGGAUCCAUCCGAUACGACCUGCUGAAGACGGAGGACCUGGCGGAGGAGGAGAAACUCAACAACGCAAAGUACGCCAUCUCCAUGGCCAGGAAGAUCGGCGCCCGGGUUUACGCGCUGCCUGAGGACCUGGUGGAGGUCAAACCCAAGAUGGUGAUGACGGUGUUCGCCUGCCUCAUGGCUCGCGGCAUGAAGAGAGCCUAAAGAGCAGAACCGUCCCCUCAGAGGAACCCAGAAUGUGAGACCAGGCCUCAAGAUGAGGAGAUGGACGGGGAAGGAGCCGAUGCAGUGACUUUUAAACAAUUCAGAGAGAUGAACUGUCUGUUAGAGUCUAAUGACCUGACAGUUUGUAACUCUGAUCACGUUGCUUAGAUAAACUCCAGUUUUAUUUCUACAAAUGUUUUCUAGAGACAGAAAUCUUCUGACUGGAUCAGUUCAACCUCAGAAAACUCAUUAAUGUGGAGGUUUUUUUCAAAUAUUGAUUAAAACUACACACAAAAUCACACUUGAAUUUGUCAAUACUUCAAGUUUUUGGUAGCUUGUUAGUACAGUUUGUCCAACAGAGACGUGCAGAGCGAUAAAACUGUAGUUUUAAAUCCAUGUGGGCCGACGUGAUUUGUCACAGUCAGAGCAGAAUAUAUACGAUUAUAGGAUGAUGCUCAGACAUGUGACCGAUCGUGUUCGUCCACGUGGAUUUAAAACUACGGCUUCAUCGCCCCACAUGUCUCCGUUGGACAAACUGUCCUUAAACGCUACUAAAACUUGAAAUAUUAACACAUUGAGGUGGGAUUUUGCAGGUAGUUUUUAUCAUUAGAAAAAAAAAAGUCAGAGAGAUUUCUGCCUCAGAUAAAAUGUUUUGCAGGAUUACAACUAAAAAGUGCGUCUAAGUGACGACCUGCUGACCUUCACUGUCACAGCAGCUCAUCAAUAACUCUUUUUUUUUUUCUUUUCUUGUUAAUCCAAAGCCCCAAAACUGACAGAAGACAGAAAAAGGUCACGAGAUGAGUCAACAAUAAAACUUAAAUACAACCAAUCAGUGCUGGAGAAACCACCAACUCCAGGUUGAAGUUCAAAUUACAGAAAUAUCUGUUGCUGUAUUAAUUCACUCUGACCGUUUUAUCUUCUGUCAGUUUCACCUUUUAAACGAGAACAUUUCCUGCGUCACCAAAUUUACUUUCUGUGGUUUUCCAACUCCUGGUAACUCGUCACAGCCAUUAGUUGCAUUUUUAAAAAAAACAACAUUUUAAUAAAUAAUGAAGUAACGUCCCCUCUCUCUGCUGCACUAGUGAUACUUUCCUCUACAGACCUCAGGUUUUCUUUGCACUCUCCUUUUCUUUCCACAUGUGAAGCAGUGUUCAGGUUAAUCAUGAUGCUCAGGUUUUCCUCCCCGUCACAUUUUUACUGUUUGUUUCUGUAACGCGCCAGAUCACGACAUUGAAGCCAAAUGUACACAACAAAUAAAGUGAUUUUUGUAUUAAA